AUGUUUUACUUGGUGAGAGCGGCGGUGGUGGUAGCAUUCUUCGUGUGCUGGGCGCCGUUCCACAUCCAGCGCGUGUUCUACGUGUACGGCCGCCAGCACCCCAAGUACGAGCUCAUCAACGAACACCUGUUCAACAUAGCUGGGGCGCUGUACUACGUGUCCGCCACUGUCAACCCGAUACUCUACAACGUUAUGAGCGGCAGAUACCGCAUCGCAUUCCAAGAAACCCUACUCUGUCGCAAAGUACGAAGGGACUCGCGUUUCACAAACAUGGACCACACGAGUGCAUCCAAGGCAUCGCAGUACCGGAAGAGAGAAUCCCGCAUAGCCUUCGUCAGUAAGGUGGAUUACGUGAAAGACCAACCGGCGCCAUUUUGUGGCGACAAUGGCGACAACAAAAUGGAGGACAGCACCGUCUUCUACUUCUACGACGACAAGCAGGAUGGGAUGCAAAUUGACACCUGCAUGUAAAAUGUAUUUUAGCAUUUGACAUUAAGCAAUUUGUGACAUAUCUCUAUAAUAGUUAAGGGGGGAUGGGGGAAUUGCGGACACUGAAAGGAAAUAUUGUACUUCUAUACUAUUAGCAAUAUUUAGUCUGACUUUAUUAUGAUAUAUGACGGAUUCUUCAAGUCUCAUUUAGUUGGGCUUCAUUUAAAAAAUAAUUAAAUGUAAAUGUUCUUACCGUAUCUUUAUUACCUAAAGCGAGAAAGAGAUAUCGCUUUCUCGCUCUUACUUAUGGGUGCGUCGCACACGCAACGCUUUUUUAGCUCUCGCGCGAAUGGGGCUUAAAUGUGCUAAACUUCAAAAAAUGUCUAGAAACAUUUACGUGACAGCUACUCGAAAUAAAAAUGAACUGUCAUAUGCAGAUGAGUUCGUCAUGUGACAGACUUUCACAAACACAUCAUAAUAUUUAUAAUUGAGGUAGUGGGUUGGAUAGUCACAGGGUUUUCUAAGUAUGGACGGUAUAGAAAGGACGACAAUCUCUUAUAGCAGAACUAUUGCAAAAGUGACUAGCUUUCAGCUGUAAAUAGGUGGCGCUAGGUAGGCUCUGGGACAUGAGUAUGACAUGUACCAUAGAAGGCAACAAAUAACCCGACCAAAUUACGUAGGUUGUUUUUGGUAUUAUUUCGGUGUAUGGUGGCGCCGCUUAAUUACUGUUUUUUUAUGGACACUUUUCAUACAUAGAGAUUUUGCUCCUUUAUAUAGUCUCCAUGUUUCUAAGUUAGGUAAGAUAUUGAUGUAGUAUCUGUCGUAACAAGUUUUUAUAAAGAGAGAUUACGUGCUCACGUUGUUUUUGUAUGGUAUGUUAAGGGUAGCUUAGGUUUUCCAGUUUUUCCACUACCUAUCUCUAUCACCUAGUUUCUUAUUGUAAAUAUCAGUAGACCUGAAAGUACUUCGCUAAAUUAGAUUAUAUAGGGAGAGGCAAUAUCUUGGUUCGCUCUCUAGAGAUUUGUAUCUAAAUGUGAUGUUGCAUUAAAUAUAAACUUACGAGUAUAUUAUCAAAUGACUCUUCAUUUUCUUCGCUCCCUCUGGAGCGGAGUCGCUGCCCCAAUAUUACAAGGUUCUAUGUUUCACUUUUAUCGAACUGAAAUUUGAAC